GCUGCUUCUGGUGGCAAGGUCGGGAAUCCAGCAGCAAUUGUGGUCAGUGCACUAACACAGUAAUGGCAGUCCCGCAGGCGAUGGACAAAGGAAAGGUUGGGGAGUGCACUGAACUCCUUCGCAAGAUUUUCCACUACCAGGGAGGACGAAACAGAGUGGCUAGAGAUGGCCGAAACCCCUCUGGCUGGUUUAGGUAUCCAGUAAAUCCUGAUGAUGUGCCGGGGUAUUGUGAAGAAAUUGAUCAGCCAAUGGAUUUUACAACUAUCCAGGAGAAACUAAAUGGCAACCAGUACAAUAAUCUCGAUGAAUUCAAUGCUGACAUGCUACAUGUUCUAGACAACUGCACUAAAUUCAACAGGGAUGAAGGCAGCCAGAUCCGUAUGGACAGCAACAUUGUGUUCGACUUUUAUUGCAAAGAAUUUGAAAAACUGAAGAACAAGAAGAAGAAAAUGCAAGAGGGAAAACAGCAGUUGGAAUGUAGGGCAGCACAUGCGCGCCCAGAAAGAGGCCAGGCUUGACAUGGCUCACUCCAGUGCAAUGAAAGUGGUCCAAAAGCAAGUUGUGCAGCUGGAGAAUACUAUUUUAGAGAAAGAAGAUCGUGUAAGAGAACUGAAUGCAGAUAUUGAAUGGAGAGAAAGACUACAGUGCGAUGUAAGAACUGCAACAACUGAAACUACAACACAAGUAGCGCUUGAUCCAGCCAAUCAACUGAUGCAACUAGACCAGAAAGGAAACAGGAGAGGUCCUGAAGUGAAAGUGAAAGUUCCAACUCGAGUUAUUCCAAAUGACACUGAUACUACCCUAUUGGAUCCGAAGACAGCUAGCAGUCAUGUUAAAAAAACUGUUACGGCUUUAAAAUCGGUGCAUGGUGGUGAUGUGCAAAAUGUUAAAGAUGGUAUGUGGCACUCUCUGGUACAAUUGACUAGUCCUGCUGAACUGAAGGUGUUUGUUAAGAAUAGUAAGAAAUGCAGAAAGGUAGUUAGCCAAGGUAAGGUGAUGAAAAGGCAAGUGAUUCACAAUAGACGCACACACUCCAAUAUAGUAAGAAGUGUGAAAGUGUUGUACAAAGGUGGCUUGAUCAGCAGCAGGAAGUACAGUGCUAUUAGGCUGGCUGACAAAGGUGUUGCCAAACCUGAGUUACUCACUUAUAAGGAAAUGAAGGAAGAAAUUGACAAGAUUGAGGAAAGUUUUGCGUCCACAUCUGUCGAAGGGACCAGUGGUUGUUAUAGAAAUGUUGAGGCUACUUUGCUGAAACUAGCCGCUUUGUACGUACACAUCGAUGAAGUGCUGUCCAAAGAUGGUGGAACCGGUCUGAGUUGGUUCAGUAAGCCUCGGGGAGAAUUUUGUAUUGCGAUAGGUGCAGACGGCGCCCCGUCGGGUAACUUCAAAACCCAAACAUCCCACCCACUUUCUUUCUUAAAUGUACUUGGAAAGGUCGGUAGUUGCGAUCAUAACUUUCUGCUGUUUGGGGCAGAUGUUACUGAUGAUGAUCCAGUGUUCAUAUCCCAACUCGAAAGGAUCAUAGCUGAGUUAGAAGAAAUUGAGAAGAAGGAGUUUACUAUUGGGUCAGUGGCUGUCAGAUUUAGACUUGAGCUAGUCCCAGCUGAUUGCAAAUGGGCUGCGAUAGCAUGUGGGGAGUUGUCAAAUGCUGCCACAUACCCCUCCACAUUUGGCAAUGUGCAUAAGGAUGAGCUUGGUACCCUCAAUGCAUCCUUUGGUACAGACGAGAAGAGCACAUGGAAACCAUGGGGUUAUCUUCAGAGGUUAGAACAUGCUAAUAAAGUAAUAAGUCUGAAGAAGAAAGUGACGAACAGGGCCAAGAUACUAGACGCUAUCAAAGGCAUGCAUUCUCGACAAGAACAUAGACCCAUUCUGGAUCAUGGUGAAUUCAACAGAUAUUUUUAUUGUGGGAUUCCAUGUUUGUUGGUAACCACCCACGUGCAAGUGCAGAACAGUCUAUCGAAGUUCUUUUUGUAGACAAUGAUGAACGGAUGGUCCUCAUCGAUUUCCACCUCUGCCUUGCAGCCGUCCUUGAAUUCUUUCCUGAGCAGAGACAGUCUCUCGGGGGCAUCCUUCUCCUCACAGGCCCAAGCAUUGAAAAUGGACAUGACCUUCUCCUGGCUGGUAAUAGUGAUGGUAACUGUGGCCCUGGUUUCUUUCUUGGUGGUCCUGUGGCUGUUGGAGAAAAUGAGCCUGUCCAAGGCAUCAAAAACUCUCGGGGUGUCUCUGGCAGUGUGCACCCUCCUCCUCCCACGUAAGGACACCUUUCUGAGUAUUGCCUUGCGGAGGUACUUGAGCUCGUCUUUCACCAAUGGAUAAACCUGAAAGUAAAUUUCAAAUAGAUCAAUGAUGUGCUACUCCUGAGAGACAUGUGCAAAGGUUUAGGGACAAUAAUGUCCAUGGGACUUCGAUCCAUCAUCAACGCAAGAGUUUCGAUUGUAUAUCAGCCUUCGCUAAUAUGACAGAGAUAGGCCUAUGAUAGUGUGAAGUUUCGUCGGGGGUACUUCUCCUUGCUCGGCAUUAACUCAUCCUAACAUACCUUCAUGUCUAUAAAACUCCUUUAUUCCUUCGACACCGAAUCCUCACAUCUCAUCUAAAACCAUGCCGUCUUCACCCUCCCCACUCCUACGGUGUCUCAUCAUGGUCCCGUCCCGGCAGCCUCCGAGGAGACUGGUGGCGCCAUCUGGCCUAAGGCCAACACACCAAGAGCUACCAGAUCACCACACCAUCUCCACCAAAAUUGGUCGAGCCUCAGGAUCGAACACUACAUAGCACGGUACACAGGCAGUUACAAAACGAAAUACACGGUUGUCAUACAAAACAAAAUACAUGGUUAUCAAAUUUCGAUACAAAAAUAAUAAAUGAUUAAAUGCACUUCCGGCACGCCCUCAGCAGUCAGAAUUAAGAACUGAGUAUGAAAACUACCAAAAUCAGCAGUCCUUUACAGUAAACUCCAGUCUCAUAACAUUUCACUGUACAAGUCUUUUACGUGUCCAUUAGCUAUGUCUCUAGUGUGACACUUCAGAAUAAACAAAACAUGAUAAAUACACAAAUAUCAAAAAUAAAUCCGAGUAGAGAACGUCCUUCUAAACACGGUAAUUGCACAAGGAAGAAUAUAAAACAACACUUGGGCAGGGGUCCAUAUGGGUCAGAGCGAUCCCACCACCAAUCCUUUGCAGAGCGCUAGGAAAGGGGUCCCCACUUUAAUCCUGCCGGCGGAUGUACUCGAUCAAAAAGAGUCCAACCUCCCUCAUCCCCUCCCAGCUGUAGUGUAAACCAUCCUUGUCAAAGGCAGGCUGGGCCGUCAAAACAGGAUGAGGGAUGGACCUAAAUCCCACCCUCCUCAUCAUCGCACAGAAUUCUGCUAAAUUCUCCCUUUGAUCCGGCCUCAGCUUUGGGGACAUGGGCGGCUCCAGAUGGUACAGCCGAGCCGUGGGGUAUUGAUGUUUUAGCCAUUUGAAAACUGCUACCAUGUCUUCCUCCGGCUCCCCAUAGAAUCGAGUAUGGUUUAGGCCAUGGUUUAACACCACAUCACUUACCCUGGCCCGGGGUUGCACGACCUCCAGCAUCCAACGUAGAUCUUCAGCACGCUGACCAGAGUAAGCGAUGGGAAACAAAUUUGAGGUGGGUUUCAACGAGGUGAACAUUGAAUCCGCCAAGAGGAGUAUUGGACAUCUCCGCCUCCCCUCGAAGUCCCGCACCUUGGCUACAAGCUUACAAGUAAACCUCUCGACAUCCGAUCGUUGCUCCCGGGCCGUCCCCCGAAGUCGGAGGAAGGUCGAAAGCUCCUCGAUGGUGGCCAUUAAUUCCUCCCCUCGGACACCCCAACUGGUUCUCAUGUUGUUGUCAAACCGCUUAACCGCCUGAAUGACGGACGUCAUCAAUGCUAUGGUGGCGUCAAACAUCGCCUCCUGGCAAGCGGUUACCACAGCGGUUCCCAGACGGAGAUUAAACCUGGCGUGCACCUUCUCCCUGAGCCUCCUUACCAUACUAGCAUAUACUUCAUUGGUCAGUUCCUUCUUUGCUGCUUUCAUAGGCUCCGGCAUUCCAUCAAGCUUCACAAUAUCCUCUGCCUGUAAUUAUACAAUCAAGAAACAAGGGUGAGUGCCUUACAACUACAGCUGCAGGAAAAGAGUCGGAUUCCUACAGAUCCUGCCCUGAAAUUAUCUUAAAGAAAUGAGCAGAAAGUUUGAUUAUGUAGGUCGACUUCCACGGAGUUCCCGCCCUUUCUUCAACCACAGGGCCUUCCUUCUGACAAUGCGAUCCUGCUGGGCCAGAUGGUUGACGCAACAACCAAUGGACAAUCUGUAUCGAGCUGGUUUUUUUAGAUCGUCCCUAGGACGAAACUUGCGGCUGGGUGGUGGAUCAGUUGUCACGCUUGGCGCAGAAUCAGAGCUACUCUCAAGGUUACGUAGAACAGUGACCACCUCUGGUGUGCAGAGCGCUGCACCGGAGGCAUUCUCAGAGUCGGAAUGGCUGUCAUGGUUACCUAGAGCAGUGACCACCUCUGGUGUGCGGAGCGCUGCACCAGAGGCACCAGAUACAGGGGAAGUUGGUACUGAGUCAAAAACUGGCUGCAGAAGAGUUUCUCUAGUUUGUCCUGCUUUUGGGCUAGUCCCAGUGUUGCUAUCUUGUUCAGCCUGUGGGUCCUCAGCACGAGAGUGAAAAACCUUGAGGUUAUUGAGGUGUACUACCUUAGGACGCCGGUUACGUCCAUUCACUCGUCUUAUCCUAUAAUUCACCUCAGAUUUUUUUCAGUACCUCAAAAGGUCCCUCCCAGCGUCUGUGGAACUUUGACACUUCCUCUGGCUUCACAUGAUGGUUACGUAGCAACACCAUAUCACCCGCACCAAAAGAUGUCAUCUUAGUCUUCAAGUCGUAGUGUGUCCUUUGCCUUCUCUGGGCCAACUCCAAAUUCUCUCGAGUUCACCUGUGGGCAGAGUCAAUUCGGUCACGGAGUUUCGCGACAUGAGCCGUUGUCUCGAUGGAGGGUGUCUCUGGAGCACCAAUUACCAGAUCCAACGGAACUGUCAUCUCCUCCCCAAAUGUCAUGCAGUAUGGAGUCUCUUGAGUGGAUGCUUGGAUGCUGCUUCGGAAAGCCAUAAGCGAUGCUGGAAGGUGUUCAUCCCAGUCCAAUCCCUCUUGGUCAACCAUGGUCAUCAACAUAUCCUUAAGUGUGCCAUUGAAGUUUUCCACCUGCCCGUUGCACUGGGGUUGGUAUGCUGUGGUACGGCUCUUGUGGACAUUCAGCAGCUGGCACAUUUCAGCAAACACAGUGGACUCAAAGUUCCUCCCUUGAUCACUGUGGAGGUUCUCUGGUGUGCCGAAUCGACAAACAUAGUCGUUCACCAGAACCUUAGCACAGGUGGUGGCCUUCUGAUUUCUCAGAGCCCAGGCUUCUGGCCAUUUUGAAAAUGCAUCCUGUGCCACCAAGAUGUAGCGAUGCCCUCUCCUGGAAGGUGGAUUGAUCGGCCCAACGAUGUCUAUAUGCAACCGCUGGUUGCGGCGGCCUGCAGGGAUGCUCUUAAGGGGUGCCUUGUUACGCUUACCUCCCUUGCAUUUUUAGCUCAGCUGACAAAGUCAGCGGAGCUGGUCAAGUAGCUAUUCGAUUGGUGUCCGUCCUUCCACCCAUCCUGCCAUCCUUCCAUCUAGCCAUCUGUAGACAAAGUUGGGCAUUUUGUAAUCAUACAACCGAGGCACUUCAAAUCUAGUUUUGCUUAUAAACACCGCAGAAAAUGUUGCUUACGGAAAAAAAUUUGGGCGAUUCGACUCAAAUUCAGCUCCCCAGGGGGCAAAAUGCGUAAAUGAAAAAACAAUUUUUUUGACGCUCUAUUCCAGCAGAUAAAAGCUUGAAAUAAAGUUGAAAAGGUCUUCAUGAUACAGAAGUUUUGAUAUAAAAUAGAUUAGUGUCGAUUUAUAUCUCCAGUUGGCGGUAGUGAGCAAAACUGUUGUUUGACCCCGGAUGACCCCACUUUAAAUUUCCCGCCGCGAACUGACAUGAAAACCUCGAACCAGGGAAUACCGGACUGCUGGUAUUGCCAGUGCAUCCACUGUAUGAACGGCUCGUCUGGGAUAAAUUGACCACUGCGCGGUCGAGGUUACCUGGAGUACUAUCAUCAAGAAAAUGGCGGUGACCUUUUUAUUUCUACCGGAGCGAUGAUUUUAUUUAUCCUGCUGUAAUCAAAGAAAUUGGCCUCAUACAUAAACAGCUGCUCCGGCUCAUGAGGGCAAAUAUUCCAAGGAGGAAUGUCCGGAUUUCUCGUGAUAUGCCCGCAGAGGUUUUUGAGGAAGUGAGGGCCCUGGUCAGCACCAACAGCCAUAAGACAACCAUCAAGGUGACCAGGGCCACAACCACAAUUGCCAUCACCAGCUGGGAGAAGGUGCUGGUACUUUUCAAUUUUUGGGCCAUGGAGACAGCAACACCCCGCAACAGUCUGCUGAGGAAGGUGGAUGGACAGGGAAACAGCAUGAUGGUUGUUGUCAACGAGAGCCAUCCUAUGACUUUGACCAUGAGGCACAAUGCCAAUAGGUUAUUUGUGUUUGCCUCAUUUGAGGUAAAGAAUAAAUUUGGGGUAGCCCAGUAAAAAGCUC